UAGUAAAAAAAGGACACCUGCCAGCGUCAGAGUGACGUAUAUUUUUAUGAAUGAACUAGAUCUUUCUCACAUGAAUCAUGCGGAAAGCCUCCGUGUUUUUCGUCGGAUUGGGGUUGCUGCAUUUCAUUUCCCAAAAUGCCGUCUGUGAGGGAUUCCUGUUGUGUUCCCUGUAUCCUAUGUUCUGUUCGUUGAAUUGCCAUAACGGAUACGCCAAAGACAGCAGCGGAUGUACAAUCUGCAAGUGCGCCACAGCGUCGUCUGAUUCCGCUGCUGUAUCUGAGGCAAGUGCGCAUGGUUACCCAGCAUCUACUUCCGGUUACCAUCAUCCGUGUUUACCGCAACAACAGUUCUGUCCCAGGAACUGCCCCGAAGGUUACCUCACAGGGAGUGGCGGAUGUCAAUUCUGUAUAUGUUACCAAGGCAACGUUACGGAUCCCAUAACGACAACCCCUCCGCCUACCACCCACGGGGUCCAAGUUCACAUGACCAACCCGUGCAUUCAGAACCAGACCGUGUGUGACAAGUUUUGUGGGGAGGGCUACCUGCUGGGGCCGGACGGGUGUCAGUACUGUCUGUGUAGGAACCUCAUCCCGGGGCUCGUCUACACUAAAGCGCCCUCAACGGCGCCGUUAACAGGAACGACAACUCUAGCCUACUAUCUCCCGAAUCCUUGCCAGGACGGACAACACGUGUGUACCGCUAACUGUCAGAACGGUUUCAUCCUGGGCCCUGGGGGAUGUCAGUACUGCAUGUGUGCCGCCAAAACCACCGCGCCAUUACAGACUACCACAGUAAAGCCUUCCGGAAGUGAUGUAGCGCCACCUACCACCUCGUUUCCUUCCGGUCACAUGGCCAACGAGUGUGCCAUUGCGUUCACGAUCUGCCAGAUCAAGUGUAAGCACGGCUUCCUGGCGGACACGGUCGACUGCCGCCGCUGUGUGUGCAAAGACGAGGUCUACAAGUCCGCUGGAAUCGACAAGGCGGACGAGCCCGACAUUAAACUGAUGAACCCCUGCGUGCUAGGACUGGACGUCUGUAACGUGUUCUGUUACCAUGGAUACCUGCGCGGACCACGUGGCUGUCAAUACUGCGCAUGUCAAUUCACGCUCCCCGCGACACCAUGACGGCGUUUUUCGGAUGUUAUUUUGUAUUUAAACUAGGUGUCAAGUGUUAAAAUGAAUCAAAUAAAGUUUUUUCACAAAUAG